CCAUCUUGGAAAUUGACCUACUUUUAACAUUUCAAAACAUUUCGCUUUUCGGCGUUAUUUUGGCUUACGCCGUGAAUUGGAUUGGAAGAUCAUUGUACAAUCAAUAGAUGGACGACAUGUUUAUUUAAUAAGUAUAAUAGAGGACACAGCUUGGAAUUCAUUUCUUCUUAUGGGUUAGAAGUGAUUGGUCCCAAGGAAGACUAGACUACAUAAACCAAAAUAUCCAUGGGAUGUUGGCAGAGUGAGAAAAUCUAACAUCAGUGGUAUCCAUAGUGACGAAAUGUUCCGCACCGAUUCCCCAGGGACACGGCGAACCCCUACCCCCAGUAAACAAGUUAAUCUUACAUCAGUUAGGCGCAAACCUGAGGAUGAUGGAAAGGACUAUGGUUCACUGGACUGGAAGGAGCAUGAACAACUAGAACUAGCAAGAUUACAGAGUCCAUCUGAACAAAGCAGUGGGUCUGAAUACACGGCAUUCAGUACCUCAUGUGCCACGGCCAGUAGUAGCGAUCUCAGUAGAGGAGUAGAUAAGAUCUCAUUGGUCGAUAGGGGCAGCUUGGAUGAUAUCCCCGAUCCAGCUGCAAGAUCAUAUGUAGCGUCAAAUUCAACUAUAACAUCUGACAGUGGUGCUGAUGCAGAGGAUGAAGAGGAAGAAGAUACAGAGGAUGAGGAAGAAAGGAAAGCCCCAAAUGAGCUACUGAUGGAGUUUGUCGGGUGCCUCAUGCAACAAGACUAUGAAAAUGCUGAAAAACUAUGCAGAAUGAUUUUGCUCUAUGAACCAGACAAUGCAGAAGCCCUCAAGUUUAUGCCUGUCAUUGAAGAAAAACUGCAGUUAUUAGCAGAACAAGAAGAGGAGAGUUCCACAGAAGAGGAGGAAGAUGAGACAGGUGAUGAAGAUAGUGGAGGUGAAUCUGGAGAUACUGACAGUGAUGACAGUGAGAGCAGUGAUGACAACGAUGAUGAAGAUGAUGAAGAUGAUCAGAAAAAGGACUCUGGAAUUGCAUCAUCAGCUACUGAAUAAUUCUCUAUGCUGAAUUCAAAGACCAACUCAUAAACUGUCCCAAGUGAUCAUUGACUUGUGAAUUUAAGAGAAUUGACCUGUGAAUUCAAGAAUAUUGACUUAUGAAUUUUAACAGUAUUGACUUGUGAAUUCAACAUUGACAUUACAAGUGGAAGAGAUAUAUUCUGUACAUAUGGAGCGUGGAAAUCCUUGAGGAUGUUCUAGUCUAAAACGUCAUUGUUUUGGUUUGAAAUUAUGAAUCUCAGAUUCAUUCAUGGUCACCACUUUAGCAUAACAUUCCGUGUUAGAUAUUUCAAGAAUUCUUAUAUAUUAUCACUCAAAAAUAUUGGAUGUUUUUAGGAGAAUUGAU